AUGAUAGAAGAUAAUUAUGGUACUUUAAUUACAAGACCGAAGAAUAUUGCUGAUGAAUUCAGAAUGUACUCUGAAAAACUCCUUAACAGAGACUCAACAACAGAAGUAGGCAAACAAAAAGACACCAUAUUACCUUAUACAAUAGAACCGGAAGUAUUAAUUCCGAAUUUAGAAGAAGUACAGUAUGCAAUCUAG